GUGGGUUCUUAGAAGAAAGUUUCAGAUCGAGUGGGGGGUUAUAAUCCAGUUUCACCAUAGGAUCUACAGAUACCGAUAGAUGCUAACUCAACUAGGCCCCGAUAAACAGUGACUGCGUUGGAAAUGUUUCGCCUAUUUGUUCUGAGUUGCUAUGUCUCAUUCGCGUUUGGUCGUCUCACAUUCGUAAAUUUUUCACCAGUCGUUCAGAGCACCGAUGAAACUCAUCUUUAUUGUCUGGACACCAAAAGACUUAUUCCGUUAUCCAAUCUCACUAUUGAGCGUGCUCUAGAUACCGGAAACGGGGAUGGCCUGCCCUCACCGGCGAUUAUCAGCAAUAAUAAACUAAAAACAAAUUGGGGACGUGAAACUGGCGACGGAAGAUUUGGCGUGUUCCGCUGCAGUGGCGGGGCGCCUGAAGACACCGUGGUGACAAUGAAGAUGUUCAGGUCAGACAUCGCGGUUUUGGAGCCGCAAUAUUUAUCUAUAACCGUCAGUGUGGGAGAUUCACUAGACAUUAAAAUGACGAAAACGCAACCAAUAGCAUCCAACAAUCCAAUCAAGUGGCGUCUUAACGGAAUUCCAUUCGAUUUUCCGAGUCCCAGUGCCGGCUUAGAGAAUCCAGGGGACGUCGAUAACUAUGUUUACCACGUGGAUCAUGUUUCGUCGUAUGAGGGCGGUAUUUAUGAGGCGCACCCCUUAGAUAACCGUUCACACGGUGCUUUGACGAGAGUGGUCGUAAGAGCGUGUCAGGCUGGCAGUUGGAAUCCACCGAAUUGCGAUAGAACAUGCCCCCAGUGUAACAAUGGGGGCGUGUGUCACGACACGGCCGGGAAAUGUGUGUGUCCUCCGGGAUUCAUGGGACCGACAUGCAGCACAGAAUGUGGCGCCAACAAAUAUGGAGAACAAUGUGACCUCGAAUGCGACGCUGACGGGUGUCGGAAAUACCAGUUUUGCUUACCCGAUCCCUACGGAUGCAGCUGCGCAACAGGUUGGAAGGGUAUUCAGUGCGACCAGCCAUGCGAGUUGGGCACGUAUGGUCCUGACUGCAAACUGUCGUGCCAGUGCCAGAAUGGCGGAAGCUGUGACCGAUAUCGAGGCUGUGAAUGUGUUGGUGGUUGGUCUGGCCCAACGUGCGAAUCACAAGAACUUUAUGCUCCUAACGCUUUAAACCCACCGGCGUUAAAAGAAGCCGGAACCACCAGCCUACGAAUUGACCCGUUCGUAGAGCCCUACUCCGGAGACGGACCCAUUACAAAUGUUGUACUGUGGUACAAGAAAACAACAGUGAACUCAUGGUCGGAUAUAUCCAUUCCCGACACUGACUACGACGAUUUUACCCUGGGAGGGCUAGAGAGUGACACAGAGUAUCAGUUAAAGAUUCGACUGACAGGACCCACGUUGCUUGGACGUCCUGGUCCAAUUCUCCGUGCAAAAACAAGCUGCCAAGCUCUUUCAGUUCCCAGUGACGUGGUACUGGAUGUGGAAGGAUCAACAUCGAUUCGAGUUACCUGGUCAGCGUUCGCUGGACAAGAUAUCGUUGGGUACAAGUUAGUGUACGGCAAAUCCGGAAACUCGAACUUUUCUAUUAUCCGAGUCAGUGACCCUUCACAACUGUCUUUCGUGAUAAACAACUUGACACCAUACACUGAAUAUGUUUUUGCUGUGGCCGGUGUUAACUGUGCCGGAGACGGUACUCCGUCCGCGCUUCAAGCGGCAAUGACUGAACAAGAUGCCCCCGGACCCGUACAGUAUUUGCAGCUGACUAGUCAUUCGAAGGACACUAUAAUAGCUCGGUGGGAAGUACCGCUUCAGAAAAAUGGUAUCAUACGGUACUACGAGUUGGCCUUGUAUGAAAACGACGUUCUUACUAGAGACAGGAUCGGGAGGACCACAGUUGACACAAACAUGAUAUUGCCGGGUCUGCAUCCCUAUUAUCUAUAUCGUGUCGUCGUCUGGGCUGUCACAGUUACAAAGGGCGAUACAGCAGAGGCCGAGGUUCGGACAAGUCAAGAUGCGCCAAGUGGGCCGCCACAAAAUCUCAUCGUCAGUCACGCGACGCGUGAUAGCAUCACGUAUGAAUGGCAGCCGCCAAUUUUGAGCGAACAAAACGGCAUAAUAACGAGAUACGAGUACACUUUCCGAAACGCCAAUGGUGGCAGCAGGACAAUGCGAUACACUUCCGACACCACCGUAACGAUGAACAAUCUAGUCCCUAAUACCCCGUACUCGUUUAAAGUAAAAGCGUUUACUACAGUCGGCGGCGGCCCGGACAGCGACGAGCUCAUAAAGUCCACACUAGAAGUAAGUGCGGUAACCACCGCGAAAACAAUGACGACUACCGCGGAAUCUGUUGUAACCCAUGUCGCCACUGCUCGCACCAGGAAAGGCACCGCCGUGACAAAAAAAGCACAACGUGGCAAGUCUAGCGAAGCUCCAUACAAAUUUUUGACAACAGCAAUGUCUCCAAAAUCCGGCGGUUUGUUCGAUAUCAACAGUUCCAUAACAUCGGCCGUUAUAAUAGUUAUUGGCGUUAUUGCAGCAAUUACUCUAAUUUUGCUUCUGGGCUGCGCUGUCGGCUUUGUCGUCUAUACGAGAAAAAGGCGCGAACGUAAGCUCAGACGACAAUCACUUGCAGAAAAUAGCGUGCAGCUCAGCGAGAUCCAAAGACAACCUUCGCAAAAUAACGAUUAUAGAGAGGGUGACCCAGGGGACAACGCACAGCAACAAUCCUCGUCUGGUAUGGCGUGUAGCGUGGCGGCAGAUACGAGCGGAAUGAUAGUACCGGCUCACCUUGAUUUCUGGCGCAUACCGUGGGACAAAAUAUUAUUUGAAGACAGAAUUAUUGCAGAGGGUAAUUUCGGCAUCGUCAUGAAAGCAACCAUCAAGCAAGAUGACCACGAUGUUAUAGAUGUAGCUUUGAAAGUACUUAAAGAUGGCGCCACAGACAGCGACAAGAAAGACUUCAUCGGUGAACUUGAAAUCAUGUGUAAAGUUGGCAAACACCCAAAUAUUGUCAAUCUGAUUGGCGCAUGUGAGCGUGGAGGCAUUCUUUACGUUGCUACCGAAUUCGCCCGAUAUGGGAAUCUCCUAAAUAUACUACGGGUCAGUCGUGUCUUAGAAACUGACCCGAACUAUGCCAGAAAAACCAACAUGGCGUCCACGUACUCCGCGGAGCAAUUGCUCGGUUUUGCCGCAGACGUUGCAUUGGGAAUGACACAUCUGUCAGAAAAAGGGUGCGUACACCGCGACUUAGCUGCCAGAAAUAUUCUUAUUUAUGACAACUUCGUAGCUAAGGUGGCUGAUUUUGGACUUUCCAGAAGCGAUGAAGUAUAUGUCAAGAUGACUGCGGGUCGACUUCCAGUACGAUGGAUGGCGAUCGAGUCUCUCAAUUUCAGUGUGUACACCACGAAGAGUGAUGUAUGGUCAUUUGGAAUACUGCUGUGGGAGAUCAUCACUUUAGGAGGAACUCCAUACCCUGGUCUGACGUGCGCUGAAUUGUAUCAACAACUUCCACGGAAGUACAGGAUGCCAAAACCUCUGAACUGCGAAGCACCGGUCUACGAGAUUAUGCGGCAAUGUUGGCGAGAAAGACCCUAUGACCGGCCAGAUUUUGGCCAACUUUACAUGGCCUUAAAGAAACUCAUACAGGAUGCUAAGCCUUACGUCAAUAUGGAAAUAGGUGACAACUUCGAGUACGCAAAUAUUAAUAUAUCCGAAGAAACCGAACACGCUACUCCGGCAACCGUCAUCGAGUCCAAUGAAGUAGACGAAACAAAGCGCCUGCUUUCGAAUGAUACAUGCGCCGCAAACGUCUGAUGACGCGAAUUCGCUGCUCCACCUAUCUGGAUUUGCCAUAUCGAUACACUUGAUUUUGUCUCACCAGUGUGGGACGCAAAUAAAUGCAGACGGCGGAGGCGGUUAUGAAUCGUAUUGGCCGUGGUACGAGUUAUUACAGAUUUAUAUACAGAAAUAUCCUAUACUUUGCAGCAAUAAUGAUAUGACAUAAUUUUAGCUUAAUAUUGCAAUUUGACGAUGUUAGAGCCGAUUACCUGUCCACUAAAUAGUGUACAUCGAUCGGACACGUUUAAUUAGUCACAGAAGAAGAGUAUGCUACUAUAAUAUUCGAAAAAAACCGCAUAAAAACACAUGCGCAUUGCAACACCUGUGACGAAAAAUGACGACAAACUAACUGCCACGGAACAAUAUGUAAUUAGUGUAAUACUUAUAGUAAGCCCAGACUAGCGUCAAUAUUGCGUCAUUGAACAUUCCAUUUCUCACAUUCCAUUGCGGUACUACAGCAUGUUAUUGUCAGAGUUAGUUAUGAAACUAUAUUCAAA